AUGUUUGUACCGGCGACGGCCGCCGCCGCCCAAUACGACGACGAUAUGAUACUAAACGCUUGCUCUGAUACGGUCGGCAUCAGCCUAGUCAAAAGCCCGCCGUACGCCACGGAAGAAGUCUGGAAAGUCAUGCAAGCCACCAUCACCCGACUCUACCAAAGCGAGGGCAAAUCAUUGAAGGAGGUGAAAGCCAUCAUGGAACGAGACCACUUCUUCUUCGCAACAGAGAGGAUGUUCAAAUCCCGCAUCGUUCGAUGGGGCCUAGACAAGAAGCUCAAAGAGCCGGAAGUCCUGCACAUGCUAGAACUUAAGCGAAAGCGCCAAGCGGCGGGAAAGGACUCGCGCUUCAGCAUCGAAGACCAGGACGUCGACUGGGACCGCGUGGAACAGUACCUCAAGCGCAGACCCGACCUGCAUAACACUACUAUCAAGCGAAAACACACGCCGGGCAAGAGUACCACCGCCACCACCUUGAAGCGUAAAAUCACAUGCAGAACACCUUCGCCGUCCCCAAGUCGAAGUCCAGUGCUAAACGCCUCCUCCGCAUCCCCAACCAUCAUCACUCCCCUCCCCUCCCUCCAAACCCCUUCCCCGUCCCUAGACACAGACAUCCAGUCCAACGUCCUCCACCUCUUCAGCACAUACCACACCUCCGCCUUCCAAACCGGCACCUGGGUCCUUGACGACGCACACCUCUGCGAAAACGACUUCGUCCACGUCGUACAGACCCUCACAGAAAUAGGAAAAGUCCCAGGCCUGCUCCAACGGAACCAGAUCCCCACGGGCCUACGCAACCUCCGCCGCGCGCUCGCUUCCUUCCGGCACGUCCUCCUGAUUCGCGAACCGCGGUUUUAUUAUUCCAUGCUUGUGAAUAUCCUCACGUUGCAGGGCAAUAUCCAGGUGUUGGAACAUUCUAUCCGGUACAUCCAUGCCAUUCACUGCGAGAUUCUAGGCGAGGGGCACCCUUUGAGCGUUGUAUGGUCCAAACUAAGAGACCUCCCGCAAGAGAUCCGUCUUGAGACGUUGAGGAGUGUGUUUGCCGUAAUAUGUCUGCAAUUCGAGACUGAGGCGGGGUUCAACAGCGAACAUGCCCUAGAUGUCCUCAUCAUGCGGUGUUCCCUGCUCAGACUCCUCGGCAACGUGGACGGGGGCGAGUUUCGCGCCGUCAUCAGGGGAUACACCGCAGCCGCGACGGAGGCCUUGAGACAAGACAACUACCAGCUCUCUUGCAGAAUCUUGCUCGGCGUGGCAACUGCCCUUCUCGAUGCUGGUGACGUUGAACAAGCGGAGAGGACGCUUUGCCAGAUUGGGUCUACGAUCAGUAUCCAAUCUCAAGUGGCAGCCCAUAAUAGGAAUUCGACCGAUAGAAAACAGCAACAGGAAGAUGAGCAGCUUUCAUUCCAGACACAGCAAGCUGACCGCUGCUAUCUGAGUUCUUUAUGCUCACACGCGAGUCAUGACGGUCAAGAUGAAGGAGCCAGCGAGACGAAGAUAAUAUACGGGUACUAUAAAGGGGUAUGGGAGCCAUGGAGUAAGUGGUCUCCCGCGGUGGUGAAAAGGGUUCUUGAUACGCAUCGCCGAGCACGAGAAAGAGAUAUUUGGGCUGCGAGGCUGUGGGCUGACGUUUUGCUCGCUGUGAGGUGA